GGAUCACGAAGCCGCCGGAUUGCCGGAAAAGAUGUGUCUCUUUCAGUCUUUUGGAUCAUAUAUUUCCUAGCUGGGAAUGGAUUCCAUUUUCCCUCUGAAAUUCACGACGACACGUGUGAGCUCACCACGUUGUGACAAAUUGUCAACUCCCCAAUGGAAGACUCAUAAUAGUAUCUCUAAGGUCGAAGCACUAGAUCAUAACGGAAAAACAGUUGGUAUCAAAUUGCGUAGUCGGAGUUGCUGGAAAGCUUUUGGUCAGCCGUGAGCGCCGAUGGACUUGUGGAACAAAGCCCGAGGCGUCGCCGAGGAGGCCGCGAAGCGGUCGCAUGAUCUCUCAUUCGGCGGCGCGUGGAGACUCUCCGACAUCGCCGCCGAGGCCUCCAAGCGAGCCGAUCACAUCAAGCAAUUGGCCGCCGACGCCUUUGCUCCGUCGCUAGCGCAACCACCUGCGGCGGAGAGUCAACAAGAAGAAGAGAAGGAUCUGGAAGCGUUUGGGAUCACCGAGGAGUUGAGAGACUUCGCUAACGGAAUCACUCCGGUCACCUUCAAAGAUUUUCCAAUUCCAGAUGAUACAAAAUUCUCUGAGGUUCCAACAGUCACGAAUGUUAGGCAGGAUCUUACGGAGUGGCAAACAAAGCAUGCCAGUCUUGUUCUUUCGACUGUCAAGGAAAUUUCAAAAUUAAGGUAUGAAUUGUGUCCGCGCAUUAUGACAGAAAGGAAAUUUUGGAGGAUAUAUUUCAUACUAGUUAACAAUCAUGUGGCACCCUAUGAGAAGCGGUACCUGGACAAUGUUAAGCUAAUGUCAACCGAACAGUUUUCAGAUGACAGUGUAAAGGAACCUACUAAAGUUGAAAUAACUUCUAAAGCAGAGGAUCAGGAAGAAAAACAUCACUCUAAAACAUCAACCUCAGCAACUACAGAGCAAGAGUUGGAUGCAUUUCUUCUAGGAGAUAGUGAUAAUGAUUCAGAUAAUGGUGAUGGGAACUUUGAUGAUCAUUUAUAUAAAUUAGUGGACGGAUUGGAUGAAGAGAUUGACAAAUUGUAGAGAAAUGGAGGGCUCUUUCAAAAUCUGUUGUCAGCUUGAUCCAACAGCGGACUUGAUUCAACAGCAGGUGUUACUAGCUGGAUUUUUAGGCCUAUAUAUUCAAGAAAAUGGAAUAAAGGUCAUCAUACGUACCCCCCCCCCCCCCAAUGUUUUUUCCUUUUUCCUUAUUCAGUUUGUGUAUAUAUUACGAUCUGGUGUAAAUAUUCAAUCAGAAAGUAGGAAGACAUGCGUUCUCUGGUUAGAACUGAAUGCUGCCGACAUUUAAUAGAGCUAGUUUUCCUUUGCAAG